UUUUUUCCCUUCUGAGUUUCCAAAUAAAACAGCUGUGCUUCGAGUGCGUGCUUCGAGUGCUGUUACAAGUAUGCUUGGUCCCACCACGAGGAUGAUGCAGGUCGCAUUGCUUACUUUUUGUUUGUGUUUAGUGAAUGGAAUCUCGAGCCAGAAGACCAUCCCGGACAUCUCGGUCACUGGUGUUAGUCUCGAGGACCAUUUGACUCGAGGACAUGCGACUCUAAACGAAAUGUUCCGAGAGGUGGAGAUGUUGAUGGAGGACACGCAGCACAUACUGGAGGAGGCUGUGGAUCAGGUAAAUGUUCCAUUCUGCUAUAUGUAAUAAUACACUAAUUCAAUAGACUAUUUACAACUCUCUUUUAAUUCUUUUUAAUAGUAGACUAUUUAUAAUACGUUUUUCAUUACAGGGAAACUGUUGACGUUGUGGCAAUGGGUAGCCAGGCUAUUGUGUGUUUUUAUUAUACCUGACUAAUAGCCUGUAGCCUGCUUUCCUUGUAGUGUACGUUUUUCCCUCCACACAUCAGUUGUUGGUAAAUAUUAAUGUACUGUAUGUCUGUAUUAUACUUUUAAGUGCUAUGAAAUAAAUGAAAGGAUUUGAAAUUGUAUUUUGCAUAUGCCUAGUCUAUAAUCAUAGAACCAGAGAUAUGAACUGUGGAACAAACAAGAUAUGCUCACAAUUUAAUGUGUAUCACUUUUUUUCAUAGAUGAUCAAUGAGAGUGCCAAAUCAUUGCUUAAAAUACAGGAUUUGCCUCUGAACUACCACAACGAGACCAGUACAUAUAGGGAGGACAGGAACCACACUGUUUACAUAGUGGAGAGGAUUGACAAGGUAGGUGCACUACAAACAGGGUGAGGUAAUGAUGCAAGAUCAUGUGUGGAUGCAUUUCACAAGUCAUCAACAUGAACAUUUUAUCUGGAUGUUUUAUAUUCUAGAGGGAGAUCAGACAACAAUGGUUGCCCCUUCGUUCUUUUGGCAUGACAUGUUUAGGUUUUCUGACAAGGAAAGUAUCUGGUUUCUCCUCUAGGAAACGGACAACAGAACAGGGGAGACUCACUUCCAGACCCAUAUCGGGAUCAAUGGCCAAUGGAACGAAGUUGAUCAUGUGAGUUUGUAUUGUAUAUUUUCUUUGAAAUAUUAGGUGCUGAAAAAAAAGAUUGCAGGGAGUUUAAUGCAAACCAAUUCUGAGGUAAGAGGUGUUUCAGCUUCCAAGUCUGCAAACAGCUGGGGUCUGAUCAUCAGAACAAUCCUAUGACAGUUAUUGUAUUCAGACAAGGAUGUUUGUAUAUGUUGAAUUAAAGCCAGAUGGAAUAAGGUGAGGCAAUAGCAGUGUAUGACUGUUGAAGAAACAGAUUAGUCAGUCACAUGAUGACUCCACAGAUGUGAUCUCUCUUUGUCUCUCAUUCCAUAACCUCGUCCCCAUGCUAGAGGAAGUGUCUGGUAAUUAAAACCAUAAAGGUGAUAGUUAAGUUGUAGCCCCGGUUAUCUCCUCUCUCUGGCUGGGAUGAAUCUAUGUAGUCUCCAGUUAUGGUAGAAAAUGUUCUAAUAUUUUCUAUGGGAAUUUUUCUGUCAAUUGAAGCACUUAUCAAAGUUUUUAUCUCCAGAAUAUGCUGGAAUUGAAGUGAAAUUGAUCCCAAACCUGAUGAUAUGGAUUGUUUGGAUACUAUUUGAUAUAGCUAAGUAAGUUUAUUUAGGUGGAGAAUCAAGACAAUAAUUAAGUCAAUUGCUAUUCCUCUAAAACAAAUGGAAACUUAAACCCAGCUUUUCUACCAUUGCCUGUUUUCCUUUGCUCUUUUGUCAACCUUUCACUCAUCUAACAGCUCAUUAUGCAAGGAAGAAGGAAACUGGGUACAGUAAUUUGUUUUGAGACUGAAACAAUGUAUCCUGUUGCCCCAGUUUCAAACCAAAGUUAUUUUCCAAGUCUUUUCUCAGCUACUGCAGGAAAACUAAAAAGACAGAAUGCUUUACAACGGUGUGAAUAGAUUGUCUGCGUCUUUUAAAAUGAAUGAGAUCAUAAUGUAGUUUAAAGAGGUGGCCAUAUACUUUACACAGUUUAAAAACAUGAGAACACCAAUAUUAAGCCAUUAUUCCACAGGCUGUUUCACCACUGGAGAUUUUAUGGCAGUGUUUUGAUCUUUUUCCUUUCUUGGCAUCAUUACAGAAUGUGGUUGAAUUAAUAGACAUGGAAAAAAUGCAUGGAAAGUAGCCUGCUGGAAAACAUUUUCCUUUUUAAAAACGGUCUACUUAAUUUUUGUCGCUGUGUGUGCUGCUCCACAGUGAUGAGUUUGGUUAAAUAUUUAGUGGGGGAAAAUGAAGAGAAGCCCAGCAUGAUGCCUAAACAGCUGUGAUUUAUCAACAGAAUUACAGGGUAUUAGGGUUGGUGAGCAGCAUUUCUUCCCCAGUGUCUCCUCCAGUCCCCCAACACUGAGUUAUCCCGUCUGGCGGACUGGGAAGCCACAUUUUCUACUGAAGCUUUUGCAGAGAUAUUCUUAUAAUGUUUAAAGUUUUAAUGUCAUGUGCACAAGUACAGUGAAAUGCCUUUCUUGCAAGCUCUAAACCAAACAAUACAGUAAUCAAUCACAAAAAAAGUACAUGAGGUAGAACAAAAACACACGAGAAAUAGAAAUAAGAACAUGAGAAAGCAAGAAGCUAUAUAUCCUAGAAAGGUGUUGUUACUUCAUGUGAGCUAGGGGGUUGGCUGAGAUGGAUUUGAGUGGUACGCCGUGAAGGAAACCCUUACUGUUGAUGGUUGCCAGACUGCUGUUAGUGACACAACCUGCAUCUGUCUAGACUAGCCCAGGCUGCUAUGGAGAUGGAAGGCGGGAUGUGUUUUGAUCCUGCCUGUUAUUUGAUACAGUACAUGUCUUUGUGAUUCAAUGGAAUGUAAAAUAGAUUUUAAACAAAAACUCAUCAUAAUACACUGAGUAUGCUCACAUCUUGACUUCCCACAAUGGAAAUAAUUAGGUAAUGAUGGAGCACACCACACACAGCCAAAGUUAUAAAACAAUAAAAAAUAAAAUCAUGUUUAUUCAUGGCAAGUGAAUUGGGUACAGUUUGUGUAGUGAAAUGCUGUAUUCUCAUGUUGCUAGGUGUGGGAGAAGGCUGUGUUAGGCAUAUCCACAGACACGUCAGGUCUCCAUUCUCAGUAGCCAAGUGUUCAAGGCUGACAGACCCUGGGAGCUCUCUGAUAAAGUAUGUUGUUUCUGUAAGCUGGCUGAGUUUCCCCGACUCCACAUAGCAUGAAGAGAUAAAAAUGUUAAUCACAAGGUUUAGAUGACUGAUUUUGGCAGAAGCCGUUUCCUCAGGCCGAUGGAGGAGGGCCAGUGUUCAUGUCAGUUGUUGUUCACAGAGUCUGUAACAAGAACACCAUUUAACUGGAAUUUCCUGAUUUAGCCAUCCUAUCCAUCUGUACUCAAUGUAAAGGUCUAUGCACAUCCCUUAAUGAGCAAAGCAUUUGUGUGAAAACAAAUGUAGCUGAAAUUGAACAGACUAGUAAAACUUGAACAGGGAAUUUGGGUAUACCUGCGUUGGAGGGGGUUGGAUAGUGUGUUGUGUGGAUGCUGGUUGGUCCUGUCUUAUGAAUGUGAUUUCUCUUACCAGGAGUGUAUGAUUGAUGAAGAUUGUGGUAAGAGCAGUUACUGCCUAUAUGAGAUAGUGAGCUCCAAGUGCCUCCCCUGCAAAGAUGUUGAUAUGGUGAGUCUUUUUGUUGUUGUUGAUUAAUAUCUUAUUUUCUUCCCAAUCCUGAGUCAAUAUUCAGCCUUCCAUUGAGUUGAGAAAUGGAAAUGAAAGGGAUAUAAACAAACCCAAUGAACCCAAGUUAGUUGUGUACUUGUGAUGACACUCCAGAUGUUCUUGAGGUCUAGAUCAGGGAUGGGCAUCUUCGAUGGGGAUGGGGGCCACAAAAAAACGGAACUCCUCAUGAGGGUCCGCAGUGGCUUGUGGGUCUGCGUACCCACGUCCAUACACCCACAUCAUGCAAUUCUACUCAGUUUUACAGCUAAUUUCCUGCAAUUCUACACAUUUCGCCAUAGGGCGGAGGCAAAUGUUUGAAGUUUUUAAUAUGAUAACUAAUGAUCAAUAGGCCCCACCCCGGUCAGUAAUUUGACCAUGCUUACUCCAAGUUUAGAUAGCUGGCCGCAAGACUAACUUACCAAUAAAUAAAUAAAUAAUGCUGACAUGGGCUAAUCGAGCGACUACUGAUGCACAACCACAUUUCGAAAUUGCACCUUGUGUAUUCUAUUAUUCUAACUCCCAACAGUAAGUUGAGACCCCGACAGAAUUUUUAAUUUUUCAAAUUGGUCCGCAGGCCUAAAAAAGGGCCAUCCCUGGUCUAGAUUAUGUCUCUGAUUCCCAGCUUGUUCCAAUCACAAAAAUAUGACUAUUACUAACUACCACUGGCUAUCAUAAGGUGAAUGCACCAAUUUGUAAGUCACUCUGGAUAAGAGCGUCUGCUAAAUGACGUAAAUGUAAAUACUAACGUGUGUGUGUGUGUUUUCAGACUUGCACAAAGGAUGAAGAGUGUUGUUCAGACCAGAUGUGUGUGUGGGGACAGUGUACUGAGAAUGCCACCAAGGGCAAUGCAGGCAGCAUCUGUCAGUACCAGAGUGACUGUAAGCCAAAGCACUGCUGUGCCGUCCUCAAAGGUAUAUGGUCAAACACACAUUCAGUGCCCAAUAAGCUAUCUGUUCAAGGUAUUGUUUGGUUUGUGUUAAAGUACGUUACUUACUGGUCCUCUUUCUCCCCUGUACCCAUGUUUCUAAAUUAACCUUUUCAUUGGUAGCACUGGUGCUCCCACCUUUAAAAAAGUUAGGACUCCAAACUCUAUAGGAGUACCAGAAAGAGAGGCCACAGUAUAUUAAUCCAAAUUUUUUAAAGUCCAAUGCAGCCGUUUUAAUCUCAAUAUCAAAUGAUUUCUGGGUAACAAUGAAGUACCUUAAUAUGAUUUGUUUUCAGUUUAAAAUGGUCAAAAAGAAACAUGGCUUAUUAGCAAAGAGCAAUUUCUCAAGCAAGAAUUUAGCUAGGACUGUCUGGGAGUGGUCUGAGUAGGGAGGGGGGAAACUGAAAACGUUCUUAUUGGUCUAUUAACUAAUUUACCGCCUGGUGAGGCAAAAUCUCCAUCCCACCAAAACAGGCUGAAAUUUCAGGCGGUCUUUUCAAACAGCUCUUACACUAAAAGGGCAUUAUCAUUUUCACAGUAUUAUUCCAACGACAUGGUGUGGAGAUUAUUAAUUAAUAUAUAUUACACACUACCAGUUAAAGGUUAGGACACCUACUCAUUCAAGGGUUAUUCUUUAUUUGUACUAUUUUUUACAUUGUAGAAUAAUAGUGAAGACAUCAUAACUAUGAAAUAACACAAAUGGAAUCAUGUAGUAACCAAGAAAGUGUUAAACAAAUCAAAAUAUAUUUGAAAUUCUUCAAAUAGCCACCCUUUGCCUUGAUGACAGCUUUGCACACUCUUGGCAUUCUCUCAACCAGCUUCACCUGGAAUGAUUUUCCAACAGUCUUGAAGGAGUUCCCACAUAUGCUGGGCACUUGUUGGCUGCUUUUCCUUCACUCUGCGGUCCGACUCAUCCCAAACCAUCUCAAUUGGGUUGAGGUCGGGGGAUUGUGGAGGCCAGGUCAUCUGAUGCAGCACUUGUCCUGUUGAAAAACAAAUGAUAGUCCCACUAAGCCCAAACCAGAUGGGAUGGCGUAUCACUGCAGAAUGCUGUGGUAGCCAUGCUGGUUAAGUGUGCCUUGAAUUCUAAAUAAAUCACAGACAGUGUCAGCAGCAAAGCAUACCCACACCAUAACACCUCCUCCUCCAUGCUUUACGGUGGGAAAUACACAUGCGGAGAUCAUCCGUUCACCCACACCGCGUCUCACAAAGCCACGGCGGUUGGAACCAAAAAUCUCAAAUGUUGACUCUCCAAUUUCCACCGGUCUAAUGUCCAUUGCUCGUGUUUCUUGGCCCAAGCAAGUCUCUUCUUCUUAUUGGUGUCCUUUAGUAGUGGUUUCUUUGCAGCAAUUUGACCAUGAAGGCCUGAUUCACACAGUCUCCUCUGAACAGUUGAUGUUGAGAUGUGUCUGUUACUUGAACUCUGUGAAGUAUUUAUUUGGGCUGCAAUUUCUGAGGCUGUUAACUCUAAUGAACUUCUCCUCUGCAGCAGAGGUAACUCUGGGUCUUCCAUUCCUGUGGCGGUCCUCAUGAGAGCCAGUUUCAUCAUAGCGCUUGAUGGUUUUUGCGACUGCACUUGAAGAAACUUUCAAAGUUCUUGAAAUGUUCCGUAUUGACUGACUUUCAUGUCUUAAAGUAAUGAUGGGCUGUUGUUUUUCUUUGCUUAUUUGAGCUGUUCUUGCCAUAAUAUGGACUUGGUCUUUUACAAAAUAGGGCUAUCUUCUGUAUACCACCCCUACCUUGUCACAACACAACUGAUUGGCUCAAACGCAUUAAGAAGGAAAGAAAUUCCACAAAUUAACUUUUAAGAAGGCACCUGUUAAUUGAAAUGCAUUCCAGGUGACUAUCUCAUGAAGCUGGUUGAGAGAAUGCCAAGAGUGUGCUAAGCUGUCAUCAAGGCAAAGGGUGAGUAUUUGAAGAAUCUCAAAUAUAAAAUAUAUUUUGGUUUGUUUAACACUUCUUUGGUUACUACAUGAUUCCAUAUGUGUUAUUUCAUAGUUUUGAUGUCUUCGCUAUUAUUCUACAAUGUAAAAAUAAAGAAAAACCCUUGAAUGAGUAGGUGUGUCCAAACGUUUGACUGGUACUUUGUAUGUAUGUGUGUAUGUAUAUAUAUAUAUAUAUAUAUCUCACUGGAAAAUCACAUUUCUGACUGCACUUGGCCUUUAAAGGGGCAAUCUGCAGUUCAAACAAUAACCAAUGUCCACCUCGCCAUUGUUUUAGUACAAAGCUGAGGGAUUGUGCUGGGGAAAUUUAACCACUCUCAAAUUUAUAGACAGAGCUAUGGAAUCAAGGACUGACCAUCCAUGAGAUAAAAAGUAUAGUUUUGUCCAUGUUUUGAGGCUAUACAGUGUUUGUUUACAAUUACAUUGUUUACAAACAUUGGAGUAAAACAAGCUUAUAUUUUGAGCUCAGAUGGGGUAAGACAUGCAGCUGUUUUUAGAUCAAUAUCAAAUCAUUUCUGGGUAACAAUUAAGUACCUUACUGUAAUAGUUUUCCAUUACAAUGGACAAAAAUGGCUUUUUAGAGAACCAUUUCUCAAGCAAUAAUUUUGCUAGGACUGUCUGGGAGUGGUCUGAGUGGGGAGUGGAAAACUGAAAACUAGCUGUUAUUGGCAGAUUGGUUUGGAACUCUUUUGUUAUUGGUGUAUUAACCAAUUCACCGCCUGGUGUUAUCACCAGGCAAGCCUAAUCUCCUGCCCAUGCAAACCUGCUUGAUUACAAGGUUCUGUCUAGAUUGUAUUUUAAACCAGCAACUAUCAGGAAAUGACACAAAACACAGGAAAAAACGAAUUUUGACUGCACUGGGCCUUUAACUAAACUCAUGAGACAUUUAUAAGUUAUAUUCUUCAAGAAUCAAUGAUUAUAUAUAAUUAAUUUAAAAGUCCCAAAAUGGAUGUAUCAUCGCAGAGGUAAUCCUGAGGUAGCUAUCCAGUCCCCUUCCUUUCUUCCAGUGCCAUUUUAAACCAUACUGGUAAAGUUACCAGGUUGUUAGCCAGAUGGGUAACAUGACUGGACAAGGUUGUUUUGUUAUCAAACAAAUGGCUAGUGGCCAAUAGUAGUUUAAACGGCCAGCGAUAUGGUUGAUUAAAUUAUCAAAUGUGUACCGCGAAUUCGCGAUAGAAAGAAAAAAUGUAGUGUCUGCUAAAACACAGGAUAAUAGCCACCCUCGUCUCCACCUUAGCCAUUCUGUGUGACCAUUUUUUCUUCUUGUGAUGAGUUGUCCUGGCGAUGGAGAAAGAUGUAAGUAAAUGUUCCUGCAGUUCUACACAUUUUGCCAUGAGUAGAGAAAAUCUUGCCGUUUUAUAGCUAAUUUCCUACAAUUCUACACCUUUUUCCAUGACUAAUGCCAUGUUCAUAUGAUAUCUGGGUGAGAGUGACUAACAAAAUCAAUGGGGGCCCCCUGCAGGUCAGGGCACCUGGGCAAGUGCCCUGGGUGCCUGGUCGGUAAUUAGGCCAUGAUUAAUAAAAGGUUUAGAUUGCUAGGUAAAUUAGUCUAGCCAGCUAUCUAAAAAUGUUAGCUGACAUGGGCUAAUUGAAUGACUGACAGUGACUGACGUAACAAAAGUAAAACUGCUGAUGCACUACCACAUUUCGAAAAUUAUUUAUUUUGGGCGGUGGGCCCCCUAGUGGCCACUUAUGGCGCUUAUUUGUACCAGACAUGAAACACAAAUGUAACAACUUUGCUUGCUCCCAAUGACACAAAUAUCAUUUUGCCAUCUAAUAUAUUAUCUGGGCGAAUAUUUUUCUAGGCGCACUGGUGCUACCAAAUCAGCACGGCACCGCUAAAUAUUUAGGAGCAUAUGCGACCAAAACUGUCGCAAAUUAGAGCCCAGCCUGUACCCCCUUCAUUCUUUCCUAUGAGGUUCAUGCAUUUCCCUCCCCUGUCUAAUCUGCUUUCUUCACCCCUUAACCCCCUCUUACCAUCCUCAUCUCUCAUUUUCUCCUCUGCUUCCCCACCUCUCUCCCUGUCCUUCUCAUGGUGGUUGCAGAGCUACUCUUCCCAGUGUGCCAGCCCAGGCUGGAGAAGGGUGAAGCGUGCAACAGCCACCCUAACCUGCUGAUGGACAUGCUGUCCUGGGACGUGGAGGGCCCGAGGGAAUACUGCCUCUGUGCCAGCGGGCUCCACUGCCAACCCCAUGGGUGAGAGCAUCUCUAAUCCUCACAAACAGCUGUGAUUGUUGCAUGUGGGUCUGUCAGAUGUUCCCAUACGAAAAAAAUUAGAAAAAAUUAUAAUAUAUUUUUAGCUACAUUAUUUAGGAUACAUGUGAAAUAUUUCAAAUAUAUUUAAUACAUUUUAAAUACAUUCCAACAUAUCACGUAAAAUGUAUAUCACAAUAUGUUAAAUGCAUCGGGAAAUGUAUUUAAUGCAUUUCAAAAAUGUUCCAACAUGCAUUGAAAUUAGGUGUGUGCCGACAUGGCCAUACUCGUAAUCGUAUCCGUAAAUUGGCAAUUGAUAGUCGGAUCGGAUGAUACUCGUGGUCGGAAAAAAAUUAAAUGUUUUAAUAUGCCUAACUAGAUGUUGGCAAAAUACCUAUCUCACUGCACGUUUAUAAACCAAACAAGCUGCAGAUUAGGUACCACUGAGGGAUGUGUGUGUCAGACCUGUGUCUGUGUCUGUGUCCCCUGAAUUUGCAGUGGGCAGACAAGUUUGCUAUCAGUCAAAAUGCGCGUCGGCGAUUCAUAUUUUUCCCCUACCCUCGCCCCGCUUGUUAGAUGGUAUGCACAUUGAUUGCUUGAUAACAAACGUCCUUGCCAUUUGAUUUAUCAAAGUAGCAGGCUAACAGGAGGCAGCAGCAGUCUGAAUGAUCAGACAGAAACAAAGAAGUGGAAGUGAUCUGGCGAAAUUGUUAAUCGAGAAAUACAGCAAUUUUGUUUUAUUUAAAUGUAUAAUAUAAAAAAUUGGGCAAAUCCUAUUGAAAUAAAAUAGCGACCUGUCUUAACAAAACAGUAGGGUCUUUGGUAUCACAUGCAUUUAUGUUAGUCUCAUGAAGACUGCAGAACUGGCAGUGUACAAGCUUAACCUUUAAUAAAGGAACACAACAUAACACAUUAACUGGCUCAUGAGAGGCCAAAAAGCACUAAGACAAAGCCACGCCCCAACAAGCCACGCCUCCAAGUCUUCUAAAAGGCUGCUGCUGCUACAAUAUAUUUAGUCAAAAAGCUUUAUUUAUUUUUUUACUUGACAACUACCAAAAGCACAAACAUGCAUUUAAACGACUACAAUCAUAAUACAUUAUCGGUCAUGUAGUGACUCCAUCUUUCAUGUACAUAUGACAAAUAGACAAACGAACUUGACUAGAGCAUUGGAACCAAAGGGUACUGGGUCAUUCCACAAAAUGAGUGCCUUAUGUUAAAGGUAGACUCAGCUAAAUGAUGUUGCCAUGAGCAGCAUCGCAUAUAUUGAGAUGAGCGAGAUGCACGCUCUUAUCCAGAGCGACUUACAGUUAGUGAAUACAUAUUUUUUUUAUACCCCCCGUGGGAAUCAAACCCACAACCCUGGCAUUGCAAACGCCAUGCUCUAUCAACUGAGCUACAUCCCUGCCGGCCAUUCCCUCCCCUACCCUGGACGACGCUGGGCCAAUUGUGCGCCGCCCAUGAGUCUCCCGGUCGCGGCCGGCUGCGACAGAGCCUGGAUUCAAACCAGGAUCUCUAGUGGCACAGUUAGCACUGCGAUGCAGUGCCUUAGACCACUGCGCCACUCGGUUCGCUUCAAUUUUUUUUACAGUGGGGUAGCCAGGGAACCAAAAGAGCGUAGAAGUUGAGCCUCGCGCUUCAACACUCUUAGUUGUUGUGGAAAUUGACCCACUAUGCUGUUUACUUCCUGUUGAUCAAACAAGCUUCCAUUCCCCCGGUCACAAGGGAAUUCAUGGCUGAUUUCUAGUAAUUACCAGUUAGAGGGCCAUUCAAGUGGAUUUUCCCAGAUGCGAUAAAUUCCCAUUUCCCACUUGGCUAUGAAUGCACCAUAACACCGCUAACCAUCCACUGUAGAGCCAUGAAUGCACCAUAACACCGCUAACCAUCCACUGUAGAGCCAUGAAUGCACCAUAACACCGCAACCAUCCACUAUAGAGCUGUAUAAUACCACUCAUUGGAAUCACAAGACCUAGACCUACACCUAGACCUUGUAAGCACAAGCACAAGACCUAGACCUACACUUUGACAUAUUGUAUAUUGAAGCGUUUGUUUUUGACUCACUAUGACAGAUUAAAUUAUAUCACUGCCAAAGUUUUUGCUUGGUUGCCCAAAAACAUUUCUCCAUUGAUCAAUACAUAAAGAGUAAUUUCAGAAGCCGAAUUAGGAACCACUUUGACUAGAUGUCAUAGCCAUCCAUUUCUGGAAUAUUGUAAGGCAUUACAUGCAUUUCAGCAAAGAUGCAAAUGUAUCUACAUGUAUUUGAAAUAUGUUUACGUGACGUUAAAUAUAUUGAAAUGUAUUGAUUUUUUUAUAUGGGUUUUACUAACUGGAAGAAAAAAAAUAUUUCGGUUUCAGACGCGGAUCCCUGUGUGCGAACUAGGGGACCACAAGACACGGUGAAGAGAGCUAACGCCUUAAGAUGAGGCAUGGUUGUGUGUUUUCUGAAAACUUCCGACUGGGUUCUGGUAUCUGUCUGGCAUUGUGUUAGACAGACAAUGGCCAAACCAGAUGAAAAUGGGGCCGACAGAUGUGUUCUCAAUCACAUCAACUAUCCAAGCAAAGCACUCAUGAUGUAAUUGGAAUAAACAUCACAACAAAUAAACAUAGUUUUCUUGAAUUUACUUUCCAGCUAUUACUACUGAUAUUAAAGGCCAGUGCUAUAUAUAUACACUAGAUGGCAGC